GACGGCGGCGGCGACAUGGCCUCGGAGCGGGACGUGCGCGCCCGGCUGCGGCGCGCGGGCCAGGAGCACCUCCUGCGCUUCUGCGCCGAGCUGGCGCCGGGGCCGCGCGCCGCGCUGCUGGCCGAGCUGGGGCCGCUGGAGCCCGACGCGCUGCGCGAGCACUGCCGGCGCGCGGCCGAGGCCUGCGCGCGCCCCCCGGGGCCGCCGCCCGACCUGGCCGCGCGCCUGCGGCCCCUGCCCCCCGAGCGCGUGGGCAGCGCGAGCCGCGGCGACCCCGAGACGCGCCGGCUCUGGGAGGAGGAAGGUUUCCGCCAGAUCGCCCUGAACAAGGUGGCCGUGCUGCUGCUGGCUGGCGGGCAGGGCACGCGCCUGGGCGUGCCGUACCCGAAGGGCAUGUACCAGGUGGGGCUGCCCAGCCAGAAGACCCUGUAUCAGCUGCAGGCGGAGCGCAUUCGGCGGGUGGAGCAGCUGGCCGGCCAGCGCCACGGCACGCGCUGCACCAUCCCCUGGUACAUCAUGACCAGCGAGUUCACCCUGGGGCCCACGGCCCAGUUCUUCAAGGAGCACGACUUCUUCCAGCUGGACCCGGGCAACGUGGUCAUGUUUGAGCAGCGCAUGCUGCCCGCCGUGACCUUCGAUGGCAAGGCCAUCCUGGAGCGGAAAGACAAGGUGGCCAUGGCCCCAGACGGCAACGGGGGCCUGUACUGCGCGCUGGCGGACCACCAGAUCCUGGAGGACAUGGAGCGCCGCGGCGUGGACUUCGUGCACGUGUACUGCGUGGACAACAUCCUCGUGAGGCUGGCCGACCCCGUCUUCAUCGGCUUCUGCGUGCUGCGGGGGGCGGACUGCGGCGCCAAGGUGGUGGAGAAGGCGCGGCCCGAGGAGCCGGUGGGCGUGCUGUGCCAGGUGGACGGCGCGCCGCAGGUGGUGGAGUACAGCGAGCUCAGCCCCGAGGCGGCGCGGCGCCGGGCCCCCGACGGCGGCCUGCUGUUCCGCGCGGGCAACAUCUGCAACCACUUCUUCACGCGGGGCUUCCUGCGGCGGGUCACCCGGGAGCUGGAGCCCUCGCUGAGGCCGCACGUGGCCGUGAAGAAGGUCCCGCACGUGGACGAGGAGGGACACCCGGUAAAGCCGCUCACGCCCAACGGGAUAAAGAUGGAGAAGUUUGUGUUUGAUGUGUUCCAGUUUGCCAAGAACUUCGUGGCCUUUGAGGUGCUGAGGGAGGAGGAGUUCUCUCCUCUGAAGAACGCGGACUCCGCCGACAGGGACACGCCCACCACAGCUCGGCGGGCGCUGCUCGCUCAGCACUACCGCUGGGCCCUGCGGGCUGGGGCCCACUUCCUAGACACUCGGGGGACCCGGCUUCCCGAGCUGCCCAGCCUGCCCUGCGACUCGGACCCGCCAGCCAUCUGUGAGAUCUCGCCCUUGGUGUCCUGCUUUGGGGAGGGUCUGGAGCUGUACCUGCAAGGCCGAGAAUUCCAGUCCCCCUUCGUCUUGGACGAGGACCGGGCCAGGGCGCUGCAGACCUGAGCCGCUCCCGGACCAGCCACGCCAGGGCCCGACUCCGCAGGGGAGGAAGCUGCCGGCUCCUGGCCAGCGCACACUGGCCACACGUCUGGGCGGGAUUCCCUCAUUUCUAGAGCUGCCUCGGCUGCCCCUCCCUCUGCGGGGGCCUCCCCAAGCACUAUGGGGACCAACAGCGGGGGUCUCCUGUGGAGGCUGAUGAAUCCAGGACCGAACCAGUGUGGAGGACGUCUCUGGCCCAGGCUGGGGGAGCUGCUGGCCCUGGUUUCCUGCCCUGGCCCAGCAUCCACUUCCUUCUCCUCUGGGAACAGCACAGCAGCUCCCACCUCUCCCAGCCCAGCGGCACCCUGCUGGGAACUCACCGGAGAGCCUAUCAGCGCCCCUAAACCCAGGCAGCCUUCCGCCUGUCUCCAACCAGACUUCCACUAAGCAGGCGCCUGGGCGCCCCGCUGUGGGCUGCAGGCUAUGCCCAGCUGAGGCCAGAAGUGCGUGCCCGCCCAGGUCCCCUCUGCAGAGUCCUGUGAACGAGGGGCCUUUUCACAGCCACCUCAGGCCCACAGAGGGCCCGGGCAAGCAGGCGAGGUGGGAGGUGCAGCCCACGUGGCCACUGCCCCACGAGACAGCCCCGUGGAGCUGAUGGAGUCUUUGCUUUUUAAACCACUUUAUUUCCGUGUAAUUACACUCUCACGUGAGGUCUCCAGCACAGCGCUGAGUUUGUGUGCCCUCUGGGGCUUCCCUCACACGCCGGCCCCCAACAGUGCCCAUGGUCACUCCCCAGGCAGGUCUACCCUCAGGCCGCCGCUGCUGGCCCCCCCUCAUCCCCGCCCCAGACUGGAAAGAUGGGCCCCAUCCCUGCCACUAGGGAAACUGGAAAGAUGGGCAAGCCCUGAAAUUUAAUACAUCGGGGGCCAGGUAACUGCUGUGAGCAAUAUACCCGAAGCAGGUGUGUGCCAACACUGCCCCUGGGCCAGAGCUCAGGGCCCUAGGGAGCCGGAUCCUCAGUCUUAGUUCUCUGAGGCAACCUAGAGGGUGCCUAGGGGAGGACCCAGAACCUGCUCCUUGAGCCGGCUCUGGGGUGGGGGGCGCACCCUCACCUAUCAACCUGGUGUCAGCCUGCAGUGUCUCCGGGUGCCACCGCCUCCCUGGUGACCGGGGGGCAUCUCCUGGGAAUACCAGCAGAGCCCUUGGAGGUGACCGUAGAGGGGAAGCGGGAGGCCUCCAGACACCCAGAAAUGCCACAGUUGGAGCUGCAGGAAGCACUGGGAUUGCCAGUGGGGGAAAUGGGAGCGCACCGGGGUGGGUGUGACUUGGGGUUCAUGGGGACAGCACGGGGGGGCUUAGCAUUCUCAGUGCCACCCCAGAGCAUCGAAGUUGUUACAAGGACCAACACAGCUGACCACACAGUGCUGUGAAGAGUCGAGGGGUCACCCCCACCCCCAGCUUUGGAUUUUGCACUCCUGGCCACUCAGGCAAGGUUCUGCCUGAAGUUCACCCACUCGCAGCACGUUCGCGGGGGGCAGGCACCUCCCCUGGGGACCGCGCGUCCAGGUGCCCCUGGAUGGCACCCCACAGUGCCCGGGACCAAACGCUUCAGGCUGCAGACCAAGUCGGGCCCAUGACCCCUCUGCACCCGACUCCGACGCCCUUCCGGGGCCUGACCACCGUGCGAGCAGGUGACCCGCGGCCCAGACCCCACCGCGGCCCGCCCCGUUCCCUGCAGGCCCCACGCGGGUAGAAGAGGAGGGCGU